AUGGAUCUCACCGACGAAGACUUCUUCGAAGUUGACGACAAGUUCAAGUUCAUCGACAUAGAUAGGACAAGCCAGGGCUCCAACUUCCAGAUUACUACGCCUCAAUCAGAGACUUCGACACAAGAGUUCAUACUCACAUACCAAACACUCGAGUGGACCACCAACAUCCCUCUCACACUAGACGCCGAAACGAGACAACUUCGAAAUGAGUUUCUCCGCACAUUCGAGAGACCCAGCGCUGAAGUACCGCUCUCUGUCGCCGAGCUGGUCUCUCGCUUUCUCGGUUUCGUGGCAACGCAGAUCGAGCGCAGCAAUUACCCGAUUCUCGACCUACAGGUUCUCGGUAAUUUAUUGAAUCGAUUCGAAGACGAGACCCUUCUCGGAAGGGAGAUCCACGCCUUUAUCGCGAGUCUUCCAGAUGCGCUCCGGAGACCUGUCAUAAUCUCAUCCUACUACACAGCGCUUGAUCGCGUCAAGCGCCCUCUUUCUAGCUCCGCUAUUACGGACUCGGCACUCUUCCGCGCGGCCGCGAAUGGCCAGGCGCGCGUGUUUGCAGUUUUUGGCGGACAGGGUAAUACACUGACUUACCUGGAGGAACUUCGGAAUCUCUACACCACAUAUCCGUCAGCGACGAAGCAGUUCCUAGACGUUGCGACGGCUCACCUUAAGAAUUUAGUCAGCAAGUUCUCUGGAAUCACAAAGCACUUCGAUCACGGCAUGGAUGUAAUACAGUGGCUGGAAUGCCCCAAUACCCAGCCAGACGUCGAGUAUCUCAUCGCAGCACCUCUCAGUUUCCCCAUUAUUGGCCUAGCCCAGCUAACUCAUGUCGUGGUCGUGUGCUACGUACUUGGCAUACAUCCCGGCCAACUUCGAGAGCAUCUUGCCGGAGUGACGGGCCACUCGCAGGGUAUCGUCACUGCUGCAGUGAUUGCGGCAUCAGUCGAUAGGGACAGCUUUAUGCGCCAUGCUGAAGAAGCGCUAACAGUUCUCUUCUUCAUCGGCAUGCGCAGUCAGCAAGCAUACCCUCGUCCUUCCAUUGCGCCAGAAGUGAUAGACGACACUGAGAAACAUGGAGAGGGCACGCCAACCUCAGCUUUAUGUGUUCGGGGCCUAGCUCGUCCUAUCGUAGAGCGUUAUGUCGAGACAGCAAAUAAGCAUCUACCGACAGAUGAAAAGAUAGUCAUAGCGUUGAUUAACAGUCCGAGAAACCUAGUGAUGACUGGACCACCCAUGUCUCUCUACGGUUUCUGUCGUCUUCUCCGCGACAUUCAAGCGCCUGCGGAUAUGGAUGACACCCGCGUGCGCUUCAGCCAACGGAAGCGCCGGUUUGUGAAACACUUCCUCCCCAUCACCGCUCCUUUCCAUAGUUCCUAUCUUGCACAAACUGUUCGACAACUUGAAAACGAAGACCUCAGAUCAACUAAAAUCUCGAGCGAAGAACUCGGCAUUCCUCUCUAUUCGACAUGUACGGGAGAGGACAUUCGAGCUAAAAUGCAGAACGAGAAUAUUAUACCUUCACUAAUUAGGUUAAUUUGCUUGGAUAGGGUGAACUGGGAAAAGGCCAUUACAAUGCCCGGUGCUACCCAUAUACUCGACUUUGGCCCCGGAGGAAUCGCAGGCGUUGCCAGCCUCACGAGCCGCAUCAAACAAGGGACCGGUGUUCGCGUAAUUCUUGCCACUGAUCUCGAGGGUAGUAGCAAUAGCAGCUUAUCCACAGGAGCAGACAUCGGAUAUAAGCAUGAGAUAUUCAGUCGGGAUACACAGCAUCUCCAAUAUGCCCCUAACUGGGCAAAACAGUAUGGACCUAGACUAGUACGCACUGGAGGUCGAACAAUGGUGGAUACGGCUAUGAGUCGUUUACUUGGCCUGCCGCCCCUGUUAGUGGCCGGGAUGACGCCUACCACCGUGCCGUGGGAUUUCGUCGCCUCGACAAUGAAUGCAGGAUAUGAGAUUGAACUGGGCGGUGGCGGGUAUUACAACGCCGAGAGCUUGUCUGCAGCUAUUGCGAAAAUUGAGGCCGCAACCCCCCCGGGACGAGGCAUCGUUAUCAAUCUCAUAUAUGCCAGCCCAAAAGCCAUAGCAUGGCAGGUUCCCCUCAUUCGUAAUCUGUGCGCACAAGGCGUGCCGAUAAAAGGUAUAACAUUCGGUGCCGGCGUUCCGUCAGUGGAGAUUGCAAAUGGCUAUAUUCGCACCCUAGGCAUACGCCAGAUCGCCUUCAAGCCGGGCUCUGAGAGGGCCGUCCACCAAGUCAUUGCCAUCGCUAAGGCUAACCCGCAAUUUCCAGUGAUGAUGCAGUGGACUGGUGGGCGAGGAGGUGGGCACCAUUCCUGCGAGGACUUCCACGAACCCAUCCUAUCGUGGUACGGCAGUGUACGUCGUUGCCGCAAUAUCGUACUAAUAGCCGGCUCAGGCUUCACCAGUGCUGAAGAUGCCUACCCCUAUCUCACGGGGGAGUGGUCGACCAGGUACGACGGCUACCCGCGGAUGCCCUUCGACGGCGUCCUUUUCGGAAGUCGCUGUAUGGUCGCCAAGGAGGCGCACACAUCACCCGCCGCGAAACAGGCCAUCGUCGAAACGAGGGGUCUAGAGGAUCACGAAUGGGAGAAGACCUACUUACCACCUAGAGAGGCAGCGCGAACCGGUGGAGUUCUCACAGUGCGCUCUGAGAUGGGAGAGCCCAUCCACAAACUUGCUACCCGUGGCGUUGUGCUCUGGGCCGAGCUUGACAAGACGAUAUUCAACCUCUCCAAAGAAGCUCUCCGAGCUAGGUUACAGGACAAGCAGGUCCGCGCCGAUAUCAUACGGCGGCUGAACGCGGAUUUUCAGAAACCGUGGUUCGGUCGCACUAUUCUUGGGCAGGUUGUGGAACUCGCGGAUAUGAGUUAUGGCGACGUAAUGCACAGACUUGUCGACCUUCUAUUCAUCGAGCACCAAAAAAGAUGGAUCGACCCAUCAUAUAAGAAAUUAACUCUUGACUUCAUACGGCGCGUCAUGCAGCGGUUUAUUACCACUGUCGAUUUCGAAGUCAUAUUCGAUAUCUCUGAUAAGGACGAUGCACUGAUCCAAGACCCUUUGUCAGUUGUAGAAGAGGUGCUCGCAGUGUAUCGGCAAGCAAGACAGCAAUUACUAGAUGCGCGAGAUUGCAAAUACUUUCUAGGGUUGUGUAGGCGCAGCGGUCAAAAGCCUGUUCCAUUUGUCCCGGUCCUAGACGAAGACUUCGAAUUUUGGUUUAAAAAGGACUCCUUAUGGCAAUCCGAGGACCUAGAAGCUGUCGUGGAUAGUGACGUCGGUAGAGUGUGCAUCUUGCACGGCCCAGUAGCUGCGAGGGGCGCAACCAUCGCCGAUGAGCCAAUCAAGGAUAUUCUAGACGGUGUGCACGAGGGAGUCAUCAAAAGGUUGAUAACGGACGUCUAUCACGACGCAGAGCACAUGAUCCCGGUCGUGGAAUGGUAUAGCAAUGCGACUGCCAGUUAUCCGGAAUCUGAGGUCGGCACGAGAACAUCGGUAAACGCCACAGUCGUGGAGAGGCACAAAACGAGGUACCAUAUAUUGGCAAGCCCAGAAGCAGUUUUGCCCGCUCAUGACGAAUGGAUCAGUCUAAUCACUGGUGGCCAGGAGGGAUGGCUCAGCACAUUUUUAAAGGCCGAUGUGUUCGUGCAGGGGCAACGACUCGAGAGCAACCCUAUUCGCCGCCUGCUAGUCCCACGCCCAGACAUGUUGAUAGAAGUAACCCACGCCGAAUCAACAGAGAAUACGAUCCUAGCCAUGAAGGAAAACAUAGGUGGUAAGCCUGUUGCCACGAUGCAGAUAGGUCCGAUAGACGGUGACAUGAUCCCCGUCAAGUUCUUUGAACAUCGUACUGCCUCAGGGUACCCUGCUGCACUUGACCUGAUGUACAUGUACCGGCCGGAAUGCAGCUACGCACCUAUUCGCCAGGUCCUCGAGUCUCAAAACCUGCGCAUUAGAAAGUUUUACAAGGAGGUCUGGUUCGGUGAGGAGAACCUUCCAUUGAAUGUCGCCGCUGAGGCCACUCAAUUCGAUGGCGGCUCUCUUAAGGUCGAUGCUAGGGCGAUUCAGGCCCUGACAGCUGAGUUGGACAACAGGUCAGAACUUUACAUCCCGCGGCCCGGGCGUCCUGUGCUCGCCCCAAUGGACUUUGCGGUCGUUGUGGCCUGGAAAGCUCUAAUGGCGCCUCUAGUUCAAGCCAUCGAUGCCGAUUUACUGAGACUAGUACAUCUUUCCAAUAGGUUCACUGUCGUCCCUGGAUCAGAACCCUUCAAGGAAGGACAAGUGCUACGCAGUUCAUCAGAGAUCACUGCGGUGGUCAUCCAAGACUCAGGCAAGAUGGUCGAAGUCCAGGCGACGGUCUCGGAUCAAAACGGUAGAGUUCUGAUGUAUAUCACUUCUCAGUUCUUGUACCGCGGUGUAUACACUGAUUUUGAAACCACGUUCAAGCACACGAAAGAGUCCGAUUAUUCCAUUCACCUUGAGAGUGCAGCUCACAUCGCAGUUCUAAAAGCGAAGCCGUGGUUUCGGAUGCCCGCCGACAUUCCAGACGACAGGCUCAUUGGCAAGAAACUAUUGUUCCGACUCAAAACCCGCAGCCAGUUUCAAGACAAGGUCGUCUUUUCUAGUGUAGAAACAUCCGGCACCGUGUUUCUGAUGACUGCAACCACUGGCCAAAGAAUCCAUGCCGCCACGGUAAAGUAUAAGGCACAAGGCCCCUCCAGUGGAAACCCAGUUCUUGAAUAUCUCCGCCGCACCGGGUCCGAGGUAGAUCAACCCAUACCAUUAGAGCAUAACGUUGCGAUCCCUGGCCAUAACAAGAAUCCUCCGGUGUUCAAGGCCUCGGCCUCCAACGAAAGCUACGCGCGCGUGUCUGGAGACUUCAAUCCCAUACAUGUCUCGCGCGUGAUUUCCGAGUACGCAAAGCUACCCGACACCAUAGCACACGGCAUGCACAUAAGUGGGCAGAUCAGGAGCCUAGUGGAGAGGCACACCGGCAACCAGAGGAUGCGAGAUUACAAAACUGAGUUCGUGGGCAUGGUUCUGCCAGGUGAUUUGAUCGAGGUGAGGCUUCGGCACGUGGCCAUGCAGUCCGGUUGCAAGGUAGUUGAGUUCGAGGUUGUUAAAGUUGACGAUGAUAGUACGGAGGAAGUGUUGGUGGGCAGGGCAAUUGUUGAACAGCCUGCUACUGCUUAUGUCUUUACCGGACAGGGCUCUCAGGAACAGGGUAUGGGCAUGGACUUGUACGAGAGAAGUCCAGUGGCAAGAGAGGUGUGGAAUCGCGCUGAUUCGCAUCUUCUUGAAACUUUUGGUUUCUCCAUCCUAGAUAUCGUGCGAAACAACCCCAAGGAGUUGACUGUCCAUUUUGGAGGUUCGCAAGGAAGGAAAAUCCGUGCCAACUAUCGUGCUAUGCGGUGUGCCGACGGCCAGCCCGUCUUCGGGGCUAUCACAAUGAGGACAUCGUCUCACACAUUCAGGAGCGCAGGCGGGCUCCUCUCGAUGACGCAGUUCACACAGCCGGCGCUGACGCUGAUGCAACUGGCUGCCUUCCGCGACUUGGAGGCGCGCGGUCUCAUUGACGACCAAGGCUGCGUAUAUGCCGGACACUCGCUAGGUGAAUACAGCGCGCUUUCUUGUGUCUCGCAAGUCAUGCCCGUCGAGACACUUGUCUCGGUCGUCUUCUACCGUGGCUUGUGCAUGCAAGUGGCUGUAAAACGCGACGAAAUGGGCCGGUCCGAUUAUGCCAUGUGUGCCGUCAACCCUUCACGCGUCGCAUGGCCAUGUAGCGAGGACAGGCUGCGCGAGAUUGUGCGGACCAUUCGUGACGCGACAGGUUCCUUAAUCGAGAUUGUGAACUUCAACGUGAGUAACAUGCAGUACGUCUGUGCUGGUGAAUUGCGCGCUCUCGACGUACUGGCGGGUGUGCUGGAUGGCCUCUCGUGGACAAGGAUACAAGGCGGUGAUGCCACAGAAGCGGAGAACCAGCACUACCUACAGUCUCAGGUUGGUGCAGCCAUCCGCAAUACGCAGUCGAAGCCCAAGCCCCUCAAGCUGACACGGGGUCGUGCCACCAUUCCGCUGGAUGGGAUUGACGUUCCUUUUCACAGCACAUAUCUCAGGCCGGGCGUGGAGUCGUUCCGGACGUUCCUAUGUGAGAGGCUGGCCGUGGAGAACAUCGACCCGGCGAGGCUCGUGGGCAAGUACAUACCCAACGUGGUUGCCCGGCCUUUUGAGCUCACCAGGGAAUUCUGCGAGUAUGUCUACCAGACGACGAAAUCACCACGCAUUGGCCAGUUAUUGCAAGAUGGGCAGUCGUUCGGAAUUGACACGUAAUCUAGUUGAUAUAGAUAAUAAUACUUGUGUAGGCAUAAACAUAUAUAUCCCAUUUUGUAUGUAAAUAUGUAUAUAGGUAUGCUCGGGUAUCUACCUACCUACUGUACAUAGGUAUGUUAGGUGCGGGGUCCAUAGGCCGUGAUUGUGCGCUGUAAAGCGUGCGCUAAAUACACUAUCAAUGCCUAAUCAAAAGGUCCUUAGGUACUUAAAUAUGCAUUAAUUAAAAAAUGGCCCUCAACGCCUACCUCCUCGUGAUCUUUCA